AUAAAAUAGUAUGUUUUAAACAGCAAAACCCUAAACAACUCACAAUUGUUUUAAAUAUAUUUCUUUUGGAAAACCUGAGAAAUCUGAAAUAAAAUCAACUCAGUUCAAAAAUAGGAUGCAGAAUGAAGAACGUUUAAAGUAAUAAGGAAUUUCCUAGACAAAGACAAAAUAAAUUUUUUUUUACAAAUGAAGCAGUGUCCCUUUAAAAUCAGUCCUUGUUACAGUCUCUCUGGAUUAUUAUGCAUUGAAAAUGAACAGAGCUGUUCUCCAGAAAAAUAAGGAUCGAUCAAAAAGUCACUGAAACACUUUACCAUUGUUUUAAGAUGCAACAGUUUGUUCAGUGAUGUCACGCGCCGAUUCCCGCACACACACACACGCGCUGAUUCCCGCACGUACACACACGCGCCGAUAGUCACGCACACACAAACGCCGUUGUCGCGCACACACGCGCACUCCCGUAUACGCGAGCACGGAGUCGUCACAGCCAAUACAAAUCCAGUUGUAAUGAAGAAGACCAGGAGAGGAGAUCGGCAAGUUAGACGAGCCGGCACACAACCACGGCGAUCGGCGAAGCGCUGAUCAGAUGACCCGAAAAGAUCACGGCACCAAGUGUAACUGGUGUUGUCUGCGUUGUGUUUACUUCCCGUGAAAUAAAGACGAACAUCAGCUGACGGGUUGUCUCCUCAUUGAUUUUUAAUCUGACAAAAGAUAACACAGUCUUUUAACAGUAUGUCACACUUGCCCCUUCAGUUCUCUUCCAUGCGGACAUAACGCGAAAAGGGAAAAGGAGGAGUCAUUCAAGAAUUACAAUUAAUUAAAACAACAUAACAGCAUACCUGACAAAAGAUAACACAGUCUUUUAACAGUAUGUCACACUUGCCCCUUCAGUUCUGCAACACAAAUGUAAUGUGCUAUGUAAUCAGCAUGUCUCAAGUUUAACAAGUUCUCAUUUAAAAUGACAACGUGAAAAUAAUGGUACACACAUGAAAAAUAAAGUGCUAAAUAAUGUUUAAACCAAAAACAUGAGUAUAAAAUUGAUUUUUAACUAAAGAUGAAAGUAAAUUAAACAGAGCUCAGCAGAAACCCACCUCUUCCAUGCGGACAUAACGCGAAAAGGGAAGAGGAGGUGCUAAAACAGGAGAUUACGUUUGAUGCUGCAGUCAGAGAAUUAAAGGGGUAUGCACACAUAAAGAGAUCCAAAUCAGGUAUACUUAAAACAUGUAAUAUUUUUGUGUAAUUCUACCUAUAAAAUGAACAUAAUACUUUCUAUACCCGUUACACAUCAUCCAUCAGCUGAGUGUGCCAGUCCACUACUGAACAGCGGAAAUGACCACAGGAUUUUACAUCAGCACCUGGAUGGACAUUCAGAUGACAAGGAUAAAACUCUGCAGUCACAACAACUACUGUUCACAGACACAGCUCAGGCUGAGCCCUGCCCACAGACCUCGCUACAGCUGGAUUGUGAAUCAACACCCAAGGAAGUUUCUGUCGAUAACGACGAAAGAAGGAAUGACAACACUCCCUCCCAGCCUUCAGGAACACCAGAAUCACAGCUGAUGUCGUCACACUCUCUCUCCCUCACUCCAACAUCACCACUUCUCUGCUUUUCAGAGAAAAUGGAAAAACUGGUAUUUGCUGGAACAAAGCUCUCCCACUCUAUUGCUGCGAGUCCCCAAAUAUCAACCAAGAAACGGCGGGCUCCUCAACCACCAAAGCCUUCGGGCCCAGCCCGCCCUCCCCCUCCAUCUGAGAAGGCACUUCGACCUCUGCCUCAACGUCAGGGAUCACACCAGCCCUCAUCUGCAAACAGCACUGGUAACUGUUGGGUUCCCGCUACGUCAGCAGUAGCAAUCAUAAAUAUUUUAAGAACAAGCGGGCGCCCGAUGUCCCUUUAGUUUUCCCUAUCUCUGUCCUGACAUGUGAUAGAAAGACGAAGGCCCUCUCCAACCGCACAGCAAUUCUAUCUAAUCUCCUUCCUAUUUUACGUCAUUCUGGGAUUGAUACAGUGCCAAAACCAGUUACUGUUAAGUUAGCACUUCUGAACAUCCGUUCACUAAGAACAAAUCCUUUUUAGUUAAUGAUCUUAUCACCACUAACAACCUGGACUUUAUGUUUCUAAAUGAAACCUGGUUAGAUGACAGCUGCAGUGCUACAGUCCUCAAUGAAUCAGCCCCACCCAACUUUACUUUUAUAAGUGUCUGUAGAUGUUGGGUGCUGCCCCUUUAAGAACAGUGAGCUCGUGUGAUGACACGCGUAGAGCAUAGGUUCAGAGGGUAGAGAAAAACAAGUUAAACAUGUGCCAUGUUGUACUCGUGUUACUCGUGUUAAAAGGCUGUUUAAUUACAGAUGUGUUCAAGAUUAAGCAUAAACUAACUAUUCCCAGCGUGUUUGACCACUAAAUGCAUGUUUAUGUCAACUAACCUAACAACUACUUCACAACUACAAACCUGAUCUUAAACUGCAUUGUGUGUUCUGCACAAGGGAAAUAAAAACACCAAACAACAACUAAAUUAAUGUGAUCUUUAUUGGUUACAUUAAAGUCAAACACGAGGAAUAAAGAAGACUAAAGUCAAAUUAAGAAGAUUACAACAUUAAUUGACAACAUGGACGAAGACUCAAACCCAACCAUUACUCCUGAUCAACAACAAAAGAGUCUCAAGCAUCAGCGUGGAGCUGCAAAGGCUGUAGUUACACGUUUGAUGACACAAAUUACAACUGCUAUGAACAAUAAUCAGACUAAAGAAGUGGAGAGUAAACUUGCUGCUUUGGAUGAGGCUGUAAGUCGGUUCCAAGAGGCGCAUAACACAUACAGUCAAACAUUAGACGAUGAUGACGACCUUGAUGCUUCUAAGGGCUAUUUAACAUCCGUCCUGCGUGAGGUUCAAGACUUGCAGCACACAGUUCUGAGUUGCCUUGAGGACUUUAAACUGUUAACGGAGGAUUCAAAUAUAGAACCUUCAGAUUUCCAGGAGCAAGUUUCAGCACUUGAUGAAGAUCAACCUUUAACAUCCUCUGUGGAACAACUAACUGCCCAGCUUUAAGGGUUACAUGAACUCAGGCAGAAAGAAAAGAAUGCUAUGCUUAUAACUCAACAGGAAGAACCCCUGCGUACAGAGUUUAAAUUACGACUUCAGCAUGCUGAAUCUGAAGUGGAUGGACUGAAAGGCUUACUGAAACUUAAGGAUGCUGAGACGGAGGAAAAUCGCCAAAAGGCUACGCUAACAACAAUAAACAAAGACUUUUCAACUCCUGUCUCAGAGAACCGAUCCCUUAACUUUAAUCCCUCAUUCUCACCAGUGAACGAGAAUUCUUUAUGCCAAUUUCUAGAGCUGUCAAGACAACAAUAUCAGUCACAUAUUGACUCUAUGCAUCUACCACCUGUUGAUAUUAUCAAGUUUGAUGGAGAGCCUUUAAAGUAUUGGCAGUUUAUGAGACUGUUCUCCUCUGUGACUGACAAAGAGACUGUGCCAGAUCAAGAAAAACUCACUCGACUGUAUCAGUACACUGUCGGCCAAGCUAGAGAUGCUAUCUCACAUUGUUUGUACAACCCCAGUUCUAGCAAGGGCUAUUCUGAAGCCAUGGAUAUUCUAAAGAGACGGUUUGGCAGUCCUUAUGCGGUGUCACAAGCAUGGGUGGAUAAAGUGCUCAACUACAAGGAGAUUAAAGACAACAAGCAGCUACAAAGCUUUGCAGACAUUCUGCGCAGCUGCCGUGAUACUCUAAAAGCAAUGAAGUGUGAGGAAGAGUUAAAUGGUGGACGUACACUGUUGCAAAUUGUGGAGAAACUGCCCAAUGACAUAAAGAGAGGAUGGCUCACAUUAAACUAUGAGAUCGUCAAGUCUGGACGUUUGCCAAAGUUGGAUGACAUAGUCAAUCUUAUCGAAUCAGAAGCUGCUAAAAGAGCAGAUCCUAUCUUCGGGAAUCUUCUUAGUCCUGCAAGUAGAAAUACUCCUGCUAGCUCUAAAGCAUAUACUAAGUCAAGCUUCGAUAAGAAAAGACAGACAUUCGCAACCGUCUCAGCUGCAAAUGAUAGUACUGCAUCGUCCACACUAAAGACCCCAACAAGAUUUAAGUGCCCAAAAUGCACUCAAGGACACUUUCUAAACCAAUGUCAUGCCUUUAGGGCUCUGUCCGUACAAGAGCGUUUGUCCUUUGUACAACUAAAGCAAUUGUGCCUGAACUGUUUCAUGAAAGGCCAUCACAGCACAGUCUGUACUCGCAAUUGGGUAUGCAAGGUGCCUGGUUGUGGGAAAAAACACAACAGUUGGCUACAUUCUGCCAUCAUAACAUCCAACAGCAACGACAAUAGCCAGCCUGUUAACCAAACUGCUAAAAACGAACCAGCUGCUGACCCACCACAAGCUAUCCAAACGCAUGCCACCGGAAAGUGCAUUGAAGCCAGUCAACGAAAGAUUGCACUUCCAAUCCUGCCAGUAGUAGUUUCAGACAGACAUAACCGAUUCUCCAUGAAUGUCUUUGCUUUACUGGAUAGUGGCUCAAAUGGGACCUUUGUUUCCAAAAGGCUUGUUCACGCUCUUAAGCUAGAGACACGCAAAAUAAACAUUAAGCUGAACACCAUAGAGACCAAAAAUCUCAAUGUAGUUACCUCUGCUGUAGAUUUGCAAGUUGAAGACUCUCAGCAAAAGAACUCCUACCUGAUGAAAGGCGUGCUCUGUCGUGAUCAUCUGAACAUAAGCCUAGAUAAUCUAGUCACACAAAACGAGGUGUUCCAGUGGCCACAUUUACAGGAAAUUGCAGAUGAAAUAAGUCUACCUGAUGUUGACCUAGCUGAUGAGGUUCACCUGCUGAUUGGUCUCGACCAGCCUGACAUCCUUGCUCCUCGGGAGACACGCUGUGGUAGGGCAGGCGAACCCUACGCAAUUCUUACUGGCUUGGGGUGGACACUUCAUGGGCCAGUAGCUGAUGGUUCGAUGACUAUCUCUGCCAAUUUCAUUCAAACUGAUAAUACUCUGCAACAUGCUGUUGAAAGAUUUUGGAAAUUGGAUGAUCCGGUCUAUGUAGACAAUGAAUCACUGUCUAAGGUUGACAAGCAGGUUGUGGAUCUAUGGAAUAUAAGAGCAGUUAAGGAGAAAGGUCACUACACACUACCAAUUCCUUUCAAAGAAUGCCCACCUCAGCUACCAAAUAACUAAGCAAUGGCUAAACACCGGCUGGACCUUCUGGGAAAGCGACUAAAGAAAGAUCCAACUCUGCAGCAAAGGUAUGUAGAAAGUAUCUGUGACACACUGCAGAAAGGAUAUGCUGAGGAAGUUGUUGACAUUAAUAGAAAUGAUGGACAUGUAUGGUAUUUGCCACAUCAUCCAGUGUUACAUCCACGUAAGCCAGGAAAAGUACGAAUUGUCUUCGACUGUGCAGCACGGUAUCAAGGUACUUCAUUAAACGAUCGUGUUCACCAAGGCCCAGACCUUACAAACAAGUUGCUGUCAGUACUUCUCAAAUUCAGACAAGAACCCAUCGCUUUAAAUGCAGAUAUUGAGAGCAUGUUUUAUCAGGUAAGGGUGCCGCCUGAAGAUAGAGAUGUACUUCGCUUCCUGUGGUGGGAAGAAACGAUCCUGACAAGCCCCAUAAACACUAUUGCAUGACUGCUCACCCGUUUGGAGGUGUCUGGAGUCCUAGUGCUGCCAACUUUGCUCUGCAACGAGUAGCAGAAGACAAUCAUGAAAGCUUCACUGCUGACACUGUGGAAACAGUGAAACAAAUUUCUAUGUCGACGACUGCCUUAAGUCAGUGCCAACGGAGGAUGCUGCCAUCAAACUUGCUUCACAGCUCCGUGAAAUGCUUGCAUGUGGAGGUUUCAAGUUAACUAAGUGGCUAAGCAAUUCUAAAGAGGUGAUGAAAUCAAUACCAGCUGAAGAAUGGGCGAAGUCGUUACAUGAGGUCAAUCUUGACCAAGAGGAUCUACCAUUCGAAAGAACACUCGGUGUGCUUUAGGAUGUGGAAAGGGAUUGUUUCACAUUUGAUGUCAAGGCAGUAGACAAACCUGCUACAAAGAGAGGAAUAUUAAGCACUACAAGUUCCAUCUACGAUCCGUUAGGAUUUGUAAGUCCAUUCAUUCUCAAAGCAAAAGCAAUCUUUCAAGAG